CCCGUGUUCGGCCGCGUUUCUCGUCCAAUGUACAAGGCCGGCCUAGUGUCCUCUCUUUCUUCACAACGCGUCAGACCGAACAUCGUGCCGACUGCGGCCUGUGCAGUCAUAAGUUAAAUACCUUUAGCAUCGACUCGUGUGUGUCAAUUCACAAAGUUUAUUGAUUCUUAGCUAGGAGUGACAGCCGAAAUAAUCUAGGUACAAAAUGGGUCUGAAAUCAGAUGCUGUAUUUGAUAGGAUAAAGGGAUUGCUAGCAGACAACCCAGACAAAGCCAAAUCUAUUAACGGAGUAUUUGUUUAUAACAUCACAGAAGGUGGAAAACAAGUAAAGCAAUGGACCAUCGAUUUGAAGAACUUGAAAUUAUACGAGGGACCAGCCGAGAAGAGUGUUAAGGUGGAUACAACACUAACUGUGUCUGACGAAGACUUCGUCGACAUCGCCCUCGGCAAACUGAACCCACAACUCGCAUUUAUGAAGGGAAAACUCAAGAUCACCGGAAACAUAAUGCUUACGCAGAAACUGGUUCCAUUGCUGAAAACGGAAGCCAAACUGUAGAGUGUCAGAUGUCUGACGAACAUAUAUUGUGUUACGCGCAUCAUGUGAAUAUGACUGAAUAUGAACGCGUCCAUGCAUAAUACAAUAAUAAACCAUGGGAGGCUGGAUUUUAGGACAAUUUUUUUUAUCAUUUUAUAUUUAGUUAGCCAAAUAAAUGUCUGUAUUAUAUGAAGAUUGUAUUGUCUUUACUUAAUGUACCUACUUGUUCUUAAAAUAUUUAUAAUAAAAUCAAUUUCACUACAA